AUGCGGCGAAAGAAGCUGGAACUCCAAGACUACUUCAUUUACGCCGCUUUCGUAUUCCACAUCGUCAUGUCUGCCCUGUUCAUUGCUGCCACCCCUCACAUAUACACCAUCACCGACGUUGCACUGGGGGAAAUACCUCCCUAUCUGGAGCUCACAGCAGACGCGGCAUACAUGACAAGAGUUAUUUAUGCAGCGCAGAUCUGCUUUUGGUUGUGCCUGUGGGCGGUCAAAUUCUCACUACUCGCACUGUACAGGAAUUUGAUGACUGGUCUGCCGAGCUUUUAUAUGAAGUUAUGGUGGUGUGUCGUUAUAAUUUGCUUUCUGGCGCUUGUAAGCGUCGUCGCCGUCAGUACACAUGUCUGCGAAGAUAUGCAUGCUUUCUUCACACUCGCCGAAUGUAACACGGCAGCAGACGUAUGGGACACCAUGUUCUGCAUAUAUUUCGCAUACGCGGUUGAUAUUGUGACAGACCUAUUGAUCAUGUUCUUACCUCUCCGCCUUGUGUGGAACUUGAGAAUUCAACGCGCACAAAAGAUUUGCAUACGAAUAUUGUUCAGUAGCGGAUUUGUUUGUAUUGCAUUUGCCACUAUUCGAGUCGCUACUAUGGGUGCUCAUAGUACCCAGCACGUGGAACCUAAAUGGAUGACGCUAUGGACAAUCCUCGAGACUACCGUAGCUAUUAUCAUCGGAUGUUGCCCUGCCUUUUUCGCCCUAUUUCGCGGACGCCACAACACUCAGACCCCUGCCUACAAUACGCAAGGAUAUAUCAAACACUCCGGACAACGCUCGAGCACGCAUGGUGGCGACAAGGCCAUCAAGUUGAAAGGCAUGAUGAGCUCAGAAUCACGAGGGGGACUUUCUGGGGCGAAUACGCUGUGGGAAGGUGAUAACAAUAGUCAAGAAGAGCUUGCACCUCUAGAAGCAGUUGUUGUCGUUGGGAGUUUGCCGAAUCGAGGCAAAGCACAAUCAACCACAUCAAAAGCUUCUGUAGAGAACUCGGCCCAUGUCAUGGGGAAGCAAGUCCAGCACCCAUGA